AUGCUUGAUGCAUGCACAAUUGAAGCGCAAAAUGUUGCUGUAGCAGUGCAAAAUGCAUUAAAUGAUGAUUUAAUUAUACAUCAUUGCUAUACAGAAACAAUUAUCGAUACAAUAUCAAAUGAUAAUGAUGAAUUUAAAUUAAAUCCAAAGAAUGAACGAUGUAGCUCAGAACAGGAAAAUUUGGCGCUAGCAUGUUUGGUGGAACUUGUUGAAGUUAAUCGAAAAGUGGCCGAAUUAAAUAAUCUUAAUUUCUUUCAUGAAAUAAGUCAACAAAAUUCAACCAUCAUAUCGGAAAUAUGCUAUUUAUAUAAUAAAUAUGAUAGUUGUAUCAAUAAUACGGUAUUUAAUCAUUUAAAUGGAAAACGAUGCGCUUUUAAUUCACCAUUAAAUACACUUCCAAGGAUUGGAUUAUCGCCCAUUUGCAGUAAGCGUUCGCGUAUGAUACUGCAAAAUAACUACGAAUGUAUUCAAAAGAUUGAACAACAUACCGGAAUAUGUCAAUCCGGAUUAAAUACCCUUGGCUUAACAAUACAAAAUAUUUUACAGGGAAUUCAUGGCGAAGCACAUCUUUGCAAUUCAUACUAUCUCAUUCGAAGUGCAUUUGAAUGUGGUGAAAAGAUUUCCAGCGAAAUGUGUUCAUCAGAAGCUAUCCAAAAUUUACAACAAUUACGACAGAUGAUGAUAGAGUUAGGAUCUGAAGAAGGCUGCCCUGAAAAACGUCCAAAUAAUUUAGAUGAAAUUAUGUCACGUCCAAUAACCACCGCACCUAUCACUAUCCCAAUGAUAAUUCACCCAAUACCACAAUCUGUUGUAAGCUGUGAACUUGCGGAACAGAAAAAAUUCGCAUCAUGCAUUCAAACUAUUACCACCUUCCAGCCACAUCCCUUAGCUGUCAUUAAACAACCAAAGCAAAUUGAUAAAGCUUGCAAGCAGUUUAUCGAAUUUAAAAAAUGCAAAGCUAAUAUUACCUGUCUUCCAUUAUGGGCAAAAGGAAUGAUAGCUAUGUUCGAUUUUGCUUGCGGUUCCGGAUACAAUACAUAUAUACAAGUGCGACAAUGUAUCCGUAAAAUAACCACACGUAAGCAUAUACGUGAAUGUGUAGCUGAAUUUUCACGUAGUUCACCGCAAAUAGCUUGUCAAAGUUCGAAGAAAUUGCUUGCAUGCUCAAUACCUGCAAUUAGUGAGAAAUGUGAUCAACUUGGAGCGCAAUUUGUCAUCGAUUACAUUGAUAAAUUUGUAAAUGUCGUUGAUCCGACAUGUAAAAUUGGAAUGCGACAAAGUACUAAUAAAUCAAUUAUGGUUUAUAAUUGUACGAAUGAGCAAAAUGCUCGCAUCGAUCAGUGUGCUGCACCAAUUAAUGAAUUAACUUCAACAAUUGACGAAUUAUUUGAAGGUGGAUUGCAACAAUUUUUGGCUAAUGUCAAAAAUUUGGGAUUCGUAUUUUCAAAAGGUUGUAAUUUGACGAAUGAAUUCAGAGAUUGUUUGAGGCCAUUGUUAGAAAAGCAAUCCGAACAACAAUGUGUUAUUUCGAGCUGUCUAAUUCAGGCUGCCGAUGGAAUAUGUAAUCAACCUGAUACUGCUAAAGCUAUUGAUGAUAAUUUGGCUUGCGUUUUUAAGCAGGCAUCAGUACCGGAAUUUGGUAAAUGUUUGCGAUCAACGAUAGCAGCGUUGAAACAAUUUAAUCUUAUUGCAUUACGUGGUAUUUUACCACAAUUUAUUAAAUGUGUUGAGCAUAUUGUUGUGCAACGUUGUGGUCAAAUAUCUAUAAAUAUAUUACGUGCAAUUAGCUUAACUGAUACGUGCCCAAUUUCGUUUAAUUAUCAAUUAAAGCCAACGAAUUAUGAUAUAUCACAAAGAUGUCAUGCAGAAAUGCAACAGAAACAUAUGGAAUGUGCGGGAAAUUUCUAUCAAAAUUAUCGAAUGUUACCAAUUGCAUUAUUAAGAGAUCCGUCAAGUAUUGAUAUGUUAUGUACGGAUGCAUCGAAAUUGGCAAAUUGUUUAUAUCCGAUAUGUCAAACGUAUAAGGAAAAAGCGCUAAAUGCAUUAGCUGAAUUUAUUUGCAUGCGGCAUGAUAUGUAUAAAAAGCAUUCCAUGUGUCUUACAUCUGUUAUCACCUCAUCAGAGGGAUCAAAAUGCUUAGCAUCAUUUCUACCGAUGGCAUCGGAACAGCAAUGCUUAUUCCUGACAAAUGUUGCUAAUUGUGCUGCGCCACAUAUUCACAAUACUUGCGGAUAUGAAGCAUUAACCUUAUCAUUUGAAGGAAUGAAUGUAUUUGCUAAUGAAUUAAAUAAAUCAUGCAAUAUACAAAUUCCUGUAGCAUCAGUAAAAACAAGUUGUACCGAAUCCGAUAUUGUCGAAUAUUUACAAUGCGAAAAUUUCAUUGAUCAUUUUACCUUUACACCAUUUUCAUUUAUCAGGAAUAGUUCACAAUGGAAUGAAUUUUGUGAAGCAAUUAAUGAUUAUGAAAAUUGCUUAACAAAUAUGUCAUGUCGUGUGGAGCCUAUUUCAUCAGCAAAUAUUGCAUUGUUUCGAACAAUUUGUGGAAAGGAAGAAUCAACGACGAAAUAUUACUUACCAUGUCUUAUCAAAUUUAUUAAUAGUGACAGUGGCAUUAGAUGCAAUGAACCAUUUCUUGAAUUGGAUUUAUUGAAUAAAGAUAGUUCGCAAAAAAUUUGUUCAACCCUAGAAAAUAUGCUUUCUUGUGCAGCAUCCGAAUUGUCUUCGCAAUGUACCGAAGAAGCUUUAAAGCAUGUUGCAAACAUGCUUCUUAUAUGGGUACAAAAGUUUGAUCCAAGCUGUUCAAUUUUCGGAUACGACAGGAUUAAAGAGCCAAAACCGGAAGAAGAUUUGUCACUUGAUUCUAGGCCAACACAUAUCUCAAUUGAUCAAACUGUAUCACAAUCUAGCUCUCUUUUCAUUAUUACAACUUCUACAUCACCAAAUCCGGAAUCUGAUGCUAAUUUAGAAGCAUCUAAUAGCUUACCGGAAGUAACUACUAGUAACAUUCAUUUACCAGAAUUCGAACUUCCAACUAAACCACAACCAGAACCAACUUCAACAUUUAAUACCGAAUUUGUACCUGAUUGGAAAACAGGUAUGUCAUCAACAGUAUCAUCAGUUCCAGAAUCAACAAAUACAGAAAAUGAUUCUGCUCCAUCUAUGCAACCAUCCUCUAACGCAACAUCGAAAUCUGAAUCUAAUGCUGCAACCAAUGCUAAAAAAUCAAAAAUGCAAGGAUCAGGACAAAUGUGUGGCACUUCAUCAGGCUUAUGGAUUUUGCUAAUUGUAAUAAUUAUUCCAACUACAAUGAUGUUUCUUGUAUAG